AUGCGCUUCUAUUUCCUUGCUCUUUUGUUCGCAUUUGCCACAGUAGCUCUGGCCCGUAUUCCAGCUGGUGCGGACUCUUCUAUGAGCAAUGUUGGUGGGCCGAUGACCCGCAUGUCAGGCUCAGCCUCCACGACUGGUAACGGUGCUGGCAAUGGUGGUAAGACCGGUGCCAACUCUGGAAAGAGCUCGGGUGCUAAGUCUGGUAAUAAAUCCAGCUCGGCUAAAUCUCGUGCUACUGAUGGCCAGUCCUCUCGUGCCGCUGGUUCUUCCGCUGCGGCCGGUGGUGCUGGAGCCGCCCCUACUUCCAGCCCCUCCUCUCAAGCUAGCUCUGCUAUGAGUACUACUUCGAGUCUCCCCGAAGCUGCUGGAACCAGCUCUGCAAUGAGUGCCUCUAACGGUGCUGCUGGUAUUUUGCCCUCCGGCCCUGGUAUUCCUCUUUUAGUUUCUUUGGCCAUGGGUUUGAUCUACUUUGCCUGA